AUAUUUAGAAAAUGUCGAAAGUUCGAACCCACAAAAUGUGCCAUCAUUAUGUCCCACAGGAAUGUUUCGUUGCAAUAACGGUAGAUGCAUCACAUCAUUGUGGGUCUGCAAUUACCAAAAAGACUGUGACGAUGGAGAAGAUGAAUUACAAUCUUGUCCUCCACCUGAAUGUGAUGCUGGACAAAUAAGCUGUGGUACCUAUGUAUUUAAUAAGACUUAUUGUAUACCACCACAUCAUAGGUGUGACAUGGUUGAUGACUGUGAAGAUAAUUCUGAUGAAUUACAAUGCACAUAUAGAAAAUGUCAAUCAAGUGAUGUAUUUUGUAAUUCACCAACUGGUAUAGCACCUGUUGGAGGACGUUUAUCUGGUCCUUGUGUACCAAAAGAGAAACGCUGUGAUGGUUAUUUUGAUUGUCGUAAUAAAAAGGAUGAAGAAGGAUGUCCUGAUAUAUCAUGUCGUUUAGAUCAGUUUCGUUGUGCAAAUGGUCAAAAAUGUAUUGAUGCUUCAUUGAAAUGCAAUCAUAAAGACGAUUGUGGUGAUUUAUCUGAUGAGCAAGGAUGCAAUUUUCCACAAUGUCAUAAUGGACAAUUUAGAUGUGUCAAUGCCUUAUGUAUACCAGCUAAUUUUUACUGUGAUGGUUAUCAUGAUUGCGCUGAUCAAAGUGAUGAAGCUAAUUGUACAGCAAUAGCAUGUCCUGAUAAUAAGUUCCUUUGUCCCAAAGGUGGUGUUAAUGGUGUACCAAAAUGUAUACCAAAAACUCAGUUAUGUGAUGGUAAUCGAGAUUGUGAAGAUGGAAGUGAUGAAGAGACUGCAUGUUCAACUGUAUCGUGUCCGGUAUUAAAUUGCCAAUACGAUUGCCGGUCAUCACUUACGGGUGGUGUAUGUUUCUGUCCACCCGGACAAGCAUUAUCAACUGACCAUCGUAGUUGUAUGGAUUUGGAUGAAUGUGCUGAAUGGGGUCACUGUGAUCAAUUAUGUACAAAUACAGAAGGUUCUUACACAUGUAGUUGCGCAACUGGGUAUGCACUAGUCAAUGGUUCAAAAUGUGCUGCACAAUAUAGUGAUAAAUUACAACUUAUAUUUGCACAUGAUCGUGAAAUUGUACAAAUGUCAGGUCAGGGAAAUAACCCGAAAACACUUGUAACGAAUGCUAUAGGAGCAAGCGGUGUGGCUUAUCAUUAUUCUAGAAACCUUCUCUACUGGUCAGAUAUAAAAACUAGGAAAAUUCAAUCAGUUGUUUUAAACCAAUUUGAACCAACAACAAAUCCAGUUGACUUAACAUUACCUGGAACAUGGGCACCAGUUGCUCUUGCAAUCGAUUGGGUUGGAGAUAAAGUAUAUGUAGCCGAUUUUAUUGGACAAAAAAUUGACAUUUUUGAACUGUUUGGAAAAUGGCAUGCUGUCGUUCUAGGAUCAAAUUUAACAAGUCCAGCAGAUAUUGCAUUAGAUCCAACAUCAGGUUUGAUGUUCGUUGCAGAUGGUGGCCAAGUUUUAAGAGCUCAUAUGGAUGGUACUCAUGCUAGGUCAAUUGUAUCUGAAGCAGCUUACAAAGCUAGUGGUGUUGCUGUCGAUAUAAUUUCUAAACGUGUUUAUUGGUGUGAUUCAUUAUUAGAUUAUAUAGAAACUGUAGACUAUGAAGGUAGUCAUAGAGUAAUGGUUUUAAGAGGCCAACAAGUUCCAAGCCCUUCAAGAUUAGCAUUGUUUGAAAACAAAAUUUAUUGGACAGAUGCGACAAAACAAGGAAUAAUGUCUGUUGAUAAAUUUAGUGGUUUAUCAUCAAUCCAAUCAAUAUAUAAAGCAAAAGAUAUACGUGAACCAAAGGCUAUUGUUGCAGUUCAUCCUUUGAACCAACCGAAAGUACAAAAUCCUUGCGGUAAUAAUAAUGGUGGAUGUGAUCAACUAUGCAUUGUGACAGCGGUCAAAGGUGCUCCAGCUAACUUAGGUUACAGAUGUGCAUGUCAAACUGGCUGGCAACUUUCCAAAGAUUUAAGAAACUGUCAUUUAGUUCAACAGUUUUUAAUGUAUUCACAGCAAAGAUUCAUAAAAGGAAAAGUUUUAGAACCAGUUAUCGAAGGUUUUAGUGAUGCAAUUUUACCAGUAGUUUCACGAAGGGCCAGAUUCGUUGGAUUAGAUUUUGAUGCACGUGAUGAAUACAUAUAUUAUUCCGAUGUGUUACAGGAUGUUAUUUAUAGAGUACAUAGAAAUGGAACAGGUCGUGAAAUUGUUUUAGCCUCACAAAAUGAAGGUGUAGAAGGGUUGGCAGUUGACUGGGCAUCUAAAAAUUUGUAUUAUAUUGAUAGUCGUAAAGGUACAUUAAACGUGCUAUCGACUAGAAACGUAACAUAUCGAAGAACUUUAUUAAAAAAUUUAAAAAGACCACGUGCUAUAGUAGUGCAUCCGAACAAAGGUUACAUUUACUUCUCAGAAUGGGAUCGUCCAGCUAAUAUAACAAGAGCUAACACAGACGGUUCCAAUUUACUUGUUUUUAAAAAUGUCACACUGGGUUGGCCAAAUGGUUUGUCAAUUGAUUUUAAAGCAGAUCGUGUUUAUUGGUGCGAUGCUUUAUUAGACCAUGUUCAACAUUCAAAUUUGGACGGUACUGAUAUUAAAACAGUAAAUUCACGACUUGUUAGACAUCCAUUUUCAAUUGUAAUACAUGAAGACUGGAUGUAUAUAACAGAUUGGCGUUUAGAUGCUAUAAUAAGAUUGCACAAAUUAACUGGGGAACAAGAAGAAAUGAUGGUUCGUGAACCGCAAACAAACCGAUUAUAUGGGGUUAAAGUUUAUAGUCAUGAAGUUCAAAGAGUUGAUGCAUCACAACCUUGUUUCAAUCAUAAUGGAGGUUGUCAGAAAAUAUGUUUUGCAAUUCCCCAUAACGAAACAAACAUUCUAGAAGCGAAAUGUUCUUGUCCCUAUGGCGAACGCUUAGCUGAUAAUCAAGUAUCAUGUGUACCUGAUCCAACCGCAGAACCACCUGUUCAACCGUGUCCAAAUUCCUGGGAUUUCACAUGUAACAAUCAAAGAUGUAUUCCAAAGUCAUGGAUAUGUGAUGGUGAUGAUGAUUGUUUAGAUAACAGUGAUGAAGAGCAAAAUUGUACUAAGCCCACAUGUGGAUCAAAUGAAUUCCAAUGUAAAUCUGGACGAUGUAUUCCAUUAAAUUUCCGAUGUGACAUGGAAAAUGAUUGUGGAGAUAAUUCGGACGAAUUCGAAUGUAGUAAUGUUACAUGUGGAUCUGCUCAAUUCGCUUGUGCUAACGGACGUUGCAUACCUAAUAUGUGGAAAUGUGACUCAGAAAAUGAUUGUGGCGAUGGAUCUGACGAAGGUGAUUUCUGUGCUGAAAAAACUUGCGCAUACUUUCAGUUCACGUGUCCUCGAACGGGACAUUGUAUACCACAAAGUUGGGUUUGUGAUGGCGAUGAUGACUGCUUCGAUAAACAGGACGAAAAAGACUGCCCGCCAAUAACCUGCCUAGCAAAUCAGUUCAAAUGUGCUGACUUAAGACAAUGCGUAGAAGAAUCAUAUAAGUGCGAUGGUAUACCUGAUUGCAACGAUGGAAGUGACGAACUGGGAUGCCCAUCGAUGGGGCCUAAUCAAUGUAAUAUGGAAAAACAUUUCCGUUGUAAAUCGUCCGGAUUCUGUAUUCCUAUUGCAUGGCAUUGCGAUGGUUCAAACGACUGCAGUGAUCAUUCUGACGAAGAAGAUUGCGGGCAGAUAUCUUGCGCAGCUAAUUUCUUCAAAUGCAAUAAUUCAAAUUGUGUUUUCAAGGCUUAUAUUUGUGAUGGGCGUGAUGAUUGUGGAGAUGGAUCUGACGAAAGCGCAGCACAUGCCUGUGUGGCUCCGCCAUUUAAAUGUCCUCAUGGACAAUGGGAGUGUCCCGGUGUUUCAGAGCGUUGUGUUAAUAUGACUUCCGUUUGUGAUGGAAUGCCGGACUGUCCAAAUGGAUCAGAUGAAGGAGAAGGUUGUGAUUUAGCGGAAUGCCAACAUCAAACUGGACUUUGUACAAAUGGUUGCCAGAAAACACCUUUGGGAGCAAUGUGUAUAUGUCCUCCUGGCUCCGAAUUAGGUCAGGACGGUUUCACCUGUCAAGACACAGAUGAAUGUCAACCUCCAGGACUAUGUUCUCAAACCUGUACUAAUACCAAAGGCUCCUAUUUCUGCUCAUGUACGGAUGGUUACAUCUUGGAACGUGAUAAACAUACCUGCAAAGCUGUAAACCAUUCUUCCGCAUUUUUAAUUAUCUCUAAUAGACAUUCCAUAUUAGUAGCCGAUCUUAAUGAGCAAGGUUUAGAAAGAGUACCAAUUGUUGUUGAAAAUGUUGUUGCAACAGCAUCGAACAUGCAUACGGGAACAAUAUUUUGGAGUGAUAUGAAAUUAAAGAAAAUUUCUCGGUUGGAUCGCGGCAUGGAGCCACAAGAAAUAAUUACCACUGGUUUGGAUUUAGUUGAAGGACUAGCGUACGACUGGGUUGGUAAAAAUUUAUAUUGGCUUGACAGUAAACUAAACACGAUUGAAGUUUCAACUGAAAAUGGUUCAAAUCGAUUAGUAAUGGUCCGCGAAAAUAUUACACAACCAAGAGGAAUGUGUUUAGACCCAAGUCCAGAAGCUCGUUUUAUUUUCUGGACAGAUUGGGGAGAGAAUCCUAGAAUCGAAAGAAUCGGUAUGGAUGGAACAAUGAGAGAAACUAUUAUUAACACGAAAAUUUACUGGCCAAAUGGUUUAACGUUAGAUAUAGCUACAAAGCGGGUCUAUUUUGCUGAUUCAAAACUAGAUUUUAUUGAUUUUUGCUACUACAAUGGUUCUGGAAGACAACAAGUUCUAUCUUCGAGUCAUUAUUUGUUACAUCCACAUUCUCUUUCAUUAUUUGAAGACACAUUAUACUGGACAGACAGACAAUUGAACCGGGUUCUUUCAGCACAUAAGUAUCGGGGUGCAAAUCAAACUGUUGUUUCUCAUUUAAUUAAUCAGCCGUUAUCGAUUCAUGUACAUCAUCCAUCCUUACAACCGAUGUAUGACAAUCCUUGUGACAAAGCAAGUUGCCAGCAUUUAUGUUUGUUAAGUCCAAGUUCAAAAGAAGGUUAUUCCUGUAAAUGCAAACCUGGAUAUAGAUUACUUCAAGGUGGAAAAUGUGAUGAGGAAGAGAAUCCCUAUUUAAUGGUUAUUAAAGGAACACAAAUUGUAGAUGUUCCGUUAAGUGGAGGAGAUUUCAGAGCUGGCGCUUUAACACCAGUUAUUGGAAUUGAAAGUAGUACCGGUUUAGAUUUUGAUCGAAAAGGAGAAAUGUUAUAUUGGGUCCAAGGUCGUGAAGGUGACGACGAAAACUGUACAAUUUACUCAACUCCGUAUGGUGGAGGAAACAAAACUCAAUUCCUCGGACCAGACACUGGAAUGGUUGGAGCACCAUACACUAUUGCUUUUGAUUGGUUAGGACGAAAUUUAUUUAUUGGAAACAGAUUAGCUUCAAACAUUGAAGCAAUCAGAGUAGACGGAAAAAAUAAAUACCGCACGAUAAUUUUAGCCAACAACGGCAAUAAAACAUCCGUAGCUAAACCCAAAGCAUUAGCUUUAGAUCCUGGUGCAGGCAAAAUAUUCUGGAUUGAUGAAGGUGGUUAUGGGGUACCAGUAAAAAUUGGUCGAGUUGAUAUGAUAGGUACAAAUCCCAUGAUUUUAAGAACUGAUAUUGACAGACCAGAAAGUAUUACACUGGACAUUCCAAAUUCAAAAAUUUAUUAUAGUACUCAACAACCGCCAACAAUCAAUGUAAUUGACUAUAUGGGCGAAAACUUCAGAAUUAUUUUGUCAGAAAGUAAUGACAUAAAUAAACCAAAAAGUUUAGGGAUUUUAGAAAAUAGAUUGUACUUUAUUGAUCCAGUUUACGAAAAGGUUGUCAGAGUUGAUUUACCUAAAGGAGAUAAUCCAAAAAUUAUUUUAGACAAUGAACCAGACUUGAGAAACAUGAUUAUUUAUAAGAAACGAUCAUUUUUACAUCCAUGUCAAAUAAAUAACGGUGGUUGUGAGCAUUUAUGCAUUCCAGCAGAAUCGUCUACCAGAAAUUGCGCUUGUGGUAUCGGAUACCACCAAGAAAGCGAGAUAAGUUGCGUCUUUUAUAAAACUUAUGCUGUUGUUUCACAACUGGAUGUGACCAGAGGAUUUAGUUUAACAGACAGUUCAGAUGCCAUGGUUCCUAUUUCAGGACCUGGACAUCACAUCCUUCAUGUUGAUGUUGUGUAUAGAAGUCAAUGGAUUUACUGGGCUGAAUACAAUCGUGGUCAAUGGAAUGGUAUUUUUAGAAUACGUCCAAAUGGAACAGAGUUACAGCACGUUAUUAAAGAAGGAAUUGGUAGCAACGGAAUACGUGGACUUGCUAUUGAUUGGGUUGCCGGAAAUCUUUAUUUCACAAACGUUUUUCCGCAUGAGAAUUAUGUUGAGGUUUGCUGGUUAGAUGGCAGCAACCGAAAAGUUUUAGUAAAAACGACAAGUGACGCUCCUCGAGAGUUAGCUGUAAACCCUAUUAAACGAUUGUUGUAUUGGAUUGAUUAUGGGCAGUAUCCAAGAAUUGGAAAAGCAUACUUGGAUGGAUCUCAUUGGAUGCCCGUUGUUACAUCAGGAAUUUCAAAUCCUCGUGAUUUAACAGUUGACAUGCUAACGCAUGAUGUAUAUUGGGUUGAUGCAAAAUUAGACACAAUUCAAAAAGUAUCCUCUUCAGGCGGAAAUCGUCAAAUAAUUCGUAGAAACUUGCCUAAUCCAAUGGGUAUAGCAGUGCAUUUAAGUGAUGUAUAUUGGGUAGAUAGAAAUUUACAAAGUGUAUUUAGAGCAUCCAAAUUUCCUGGUAACAUCACCAUACCUGAAAAAGUUAGAACAAAGUUGGAAAAAUUACGUGAUAUUGCUAUUUAUGACAUCAACAAUCAACCAAAUGAUGAUAACAAUCCAUGUUCUAGAUUAGGAAAUGGCGGAUGUGAUCAAUUAUGUUUCAGCUUCCCACCUGACUCAAACGCGAGUCCUACAAGGUUGAAUUUCAAAUGUGACUGUGCUACAGGCAAAUUAUCAGCUGAUGGUAGAAAAUGUGAAUCUGUGAACGAAUAUCUCGUAUUUGCUACAAGAACUGAAAUUCGAGCAGUAAACUUAGAUCCAAGAUCAACCCAAGUUCCAUUCAAUCCCGUAGUGAAUUUAACAAAUGUUGUCGGACUUGAUUUCGAUUUCCAUGAUAACAAACUGCUGUUUACUCAAAUUAGACCAUGGGCUAAAAUCGCCUGGACUAAAGCUGAUAAUCCAUCUACAAAAGAUAUAAAUAUUGUGCUCAGCCGUGGAAUUAAUCCCGAAGGAAUUGCAUAUGACUGGACUCAGAAUAAAAUUUAUUGGACCGAUAGUUCAAAUAACUCUAUUUACGCAAUGAAUAUCGAUGGAACUGACCUUGUGAUGAUUGCUAGAGUUGAAAGGCCAAGAGCUAUAGUUUUGGAUCCAUGUAAUGGAACACUCUUCUUUACCGAUUGGGGACGCUUUGGCACUUCCGGCAAAAUAUUUAGAACUACCAUGGCUGGGUCUCUAAAAAAAGCAGUAAUAGAUAAAGAUUUAUCACAACCAAGUGGUUUGGCUAUUGAUUACGAUGAUCGUAAAUUAUACUGGACUGAUGCUGUUCGUGAAAAAAUCGAAAGAUCUGACUUAGAUGGUAAAAACAGAGAACUUUUAGUAGCAGCUACAAUUUACCCAUUUGCCAUAACUGUAUUCCGAAAUUAUAUAUAUUGGACUGAUUUGCAAUUAAGAGGUGUUUAUAGAGCUGAAAAGCACACUGGAGCAAAUAUGAUUGAAAUGGUAAAGCGUUUAGAAGAUUCGCCUAGAGACAUUCGCGUUUAUAGUUUAGAACGCCAAAAAUGUACGGUGAAUCCGUGCAAAUUCAAUAACGGAGGCUGCGCACAAAGUUGCCAUCCUUCACCGAAUGGUAAAGCCGAAUGUAAAUGUGAUGAUAGUUCAAAAGUUGUAAAUGAAGGCCGCAUGUGUGCUCCACGUAACCAUACUUGCGAGCAAAGCAAGUUUUACUGUCAAAACGGUAAAUGUAUUUCAAGAAUGUGGGCAUGUGAUGGAGAUGAUGAUUGCGGUGAUAACAGUGAUGAAGACGUCAAUUACUGCUCAUAUCAUUCAUGCUCAACAAACGAAUUCAGAUGUAAUAAUGGCCGAUGUAUAUUCAAAACGUGGAAAUGUGAUCACGAAAACGACUGUAAAGAUGGUUCCGAUGAAAUAGGAUGCACAUAUCCACCAUGCGUUGAUGGGGAGUUCACUUGUGCUAACGGCAGAUGUAUACCUCAAGCACAAGUAUGUAAUGGUGUGAACGAUUGUAAAGAUAAUGUCACAUCUGAUGAAACACACGAACGCUGUCCAAAGAAUACUACUUGUCCACCGAAUCAUCUAAAAUGCGAAAAAACUAAUAUUUGCGUAGAACCAUACUGGUUAUGUGAUGGUGAUAAUGAUUGUGGAGAUAAUAGUGACGAAGAUCCUCUACAUUGUGGGCAAAGAACAUGCCCGCAAAAUAGUUUCCGCUGCCCGAACCAUAGAUGCAUUCCAGCUACUUGGUAUUGUGAUGGUGAUGAUGACUGUGGUGAUGGAGCUGAUGAGCCACCAGAAUAUUGUAAAUCCGAAGGCAGAACAUGUUUCGGAGAUUUGUUUACCUGUGAUAACGGAAAUUGUAUUCCGAGAAUAUACAUUUGCGAUGGUGAUAAUGACUGCUUGGAUAAUAGUGAUGAAGAUUCAAGACAUCAAUGUAAUGACAGAAAAUGUGAUGAAGAGACUGAGUUCACCUGUGAGGAAAAUAAAUCCUGGGGACGCGCCCAAUGUAUACCGAAAAAAUGGAUAUGCGAUGGUGAUCCAGAUUGCGUCGACGGUGCUGAUGAAAACACGACGUUACAUAACUGUCCCACUCCACAACCCUGUGGAGAUGACAUGUUUACCUGUGAUAAUGGGCGUUGCAUUAAUAAAGGAUGGCUUUGCGACCACGAUAAUGAUUGUGGUGAUGGUAGUGAUGAAGGAAAAUUCUGUAAUUCGCAAUACAAAACGUGCUCUCCGCAAGAAUUUACGUGCCAAAACUUUAAGUGCAUUCGAAAUCAGUAUCGUUGCGAUGGUGAAGAUGAUUGCGGUGAUCAUUCAGACGAAGUUGGUUGUAAAAAGAAUAAUAUUACAUGUCCUAGUGGCCAAUUCACUUGCGCAAAUGGACAAUGUAUUGAUUACAAUUUAGUGUGCAACAAGGUUUCCGACUGCUCAGAUGAUUCAGACGAACCAUUACACUGUAAUGUAGAUGAAUGCGCUAAAGUUGAAUUAAAUCAAUGUGGUCACAAAUGUGUCGACACUCCAACUGGUUUCUAUUGUGAUUGUAAUCAAGGAUAUAAACUUCUCGCUGAUGGAAAAGCUUGUGCUGAUAUUGAUGAGUGCUUAGAAGUACCAGGAGCUUGCAGUCAACAUUGUUCUAAUACUCCUGGAAGUUUCUACUGCAAAUGCAAUGAAAAAUAUUAUGAACGUCAAAAUGAUGAGCAUACCUGUAAACGUAAAGAUAUUAAAACUGAACCCUGGAUAAUUUUUACAAACAAAUACUAUGUUCGUAAUAUGUCAGCUGAUGGUCAUCAAUACAAUUUAAUUCAUCAAGAUUUAAUGAAUGUUGUAGCUUUAGAUUUUGAUAUAAGCGAAGAGUACACAUAUUUCUGCGAUGUAACUGCAAAAACAAUUUUCAGGUCAAAAUAUCAUACAGAUAAAGAGAAGCCCGAACGUGAACCUAUAAUACGACAUGAUUCUCAUGGAUUAGAAGGAAUUGCGAUCGAUUGGGUCGGAAGAAAAUUAUAUUGGCUAGAUCGACACUCGAAAAAUUUAGAUGUUGCAGAACUAGAUGGUACAAAACGUAAAACAUUAAGAAGCGGUGUGGUUGAUCCCCGGGCUAUAGCUGUACAUCCAGGAAUUGGAUAUUUAUAUUUCACAUCGUGGCAUUUACAAGCAUAUAUCGCAAAAAUGGGAAUGGAUGGGUCUAAUUUCACAAGAAUAUUAACCUGGGAAGAUGACAUUGCUUGGCCAAAUGCUUUAACAAUAGACUAUUUUGCUGAUAGAAUAUAUUGGGCUGACGCACAUUUGGAUUACAUAGCUUAUGCUGAUUUAGAAGGACAUCACAGACAUAAUGUUCUAGUUGGAACUAAAGUACCGCACGUAUUCGCAUUAUCUGUUUUCGACGAUGAACUUUAUUGGACCGAUUGGAAUUUAAAAGCAAUUGUUAAGGCAAACAAAUUCACUGGUAGUAACUAUACUGUUUUAAGAAACACUACUCAUCGCCCUUAUGAUAUUCAUAUAAAUCAUCCAUUACGCCAAGUUCCAUACACAAAUCCUUGCGGUGAUAACAAUGGAGGAUGCUCGCACUUAUGCUUAAUUUCUCCUCCUCCAGAGUCUACCUAUUUAUAUUUCGAAGGCUACAUAGAGGAAGGGGUACCACAUUUUAAAUGUGCUUGUCCGAACCAAUUUUAUUUAGCAAGAGAUGGUAAGACAUGUAUAGCAAAUUGCACAACAGGACAACACAGAUGUGGUGGGAAUGACGAGAAAUGUAUCCCUUGGUUCUGGAAAUGCGAUGGAGAAAAGGAUUGUAAGGAUGGUUCCGAUGAGCCAACAACUUGCCCAGUCAGACAUUGUCGCGCAGGUACAUUCCAAUGCAAAAAUACAAAUUGUACUCCUUCUGCGACUAUUUGUGAUGGAACAGAUGAUUGUGGAGAUAUGUCUGAUGAGCAAAAUUGUGAAUUACCUUGUCCAGAGUCUGAUUUCAAGUGUCGUUCCAGUGGACGCUGUAUAUUGGAUAGUUGGCGUUGCGAUGGUGAUGCUGAUUGUAAAGAUGGAAGCGAUGAAGAUCCAACAAUAUGCAAUAAGCGAAGUUGUAACCCAGAAACGGAAUUUAGCUGCAAAAAUGGACGUUGCAUUCCAAAAUUGUGGAUGUGUGAUUUUGACAACGAUUGCGGUGAUGAUUCUGAUGAGCCAGCUUAUAUGUGUCGCCAGAGAAACUGUACAACAGGAUGGCAAAGAUGUCCUGGACAAUCCAAUUACAGAUGCAUUCCAAAAUGGCUGUUUUGUGACGGUAAAGAUGAUUGUCGCGAUAAAAGUGACGAAUUGCCAGAAAAUUGUCCUAAAUGUAAUGCUGAAACCGAUUUCAAAUGCGCAAAUAACAGAUGUAUUCCAAAGCAGUGGAUGUGCGACUUUGCUGAUGAUUGCGGCGAUGCUAGUGAUGAAAAUGAAGCUUUGUGCAAAGGAAACUACAGAGAUUGUUCUGAAUCGGAAUUCCAUUGCGCAAAUGGUAAAUGUAUUUCAUCAAGAUGGCGUUGUGACCACGAAGAUGAUUGCGGCGACAACAGUGAUGAGCUAAAUUGCCAAGGAUACCAAUGCAAAAAUAAUACAUUCCAAUGUCAUUCAGGACAUUGCAUCGCAUCAUAUUUCCGUUGUGAUGGAGAUCGUGACUGUCGUGAUAUGUCUGACGAAAUAGGAUGUCCGCCUAGAUUUGGUGAUCGUUACUGUCCCGAAACAAGGUUCCAAUGCAAAAACAACUUGUGUGUAUCCCCUUCAGAUAUUUGUGAUGGUACUGACGAUUGCGGCGAUAACUCAGAUGAAGACGCAAGUGUUUGUACGAACUUUAACUGUGAUACAUUAAGGAGAUUCCAAUGUGCAAAUCAUCGUUGUGUUGCACGUUACCAAAUUUGUGACGGAAUCGACAAUUGUGGGGAUGGAUCUGAUGAAAACAAUAUGACCUUAUGCGCCAAUAUUCAAAAACCAUGCGAUCCAUUUACUCAUUAUCAAUGUGCUAAUAAAAAUUGUAUACUUAGAAGUCAAAUAUGUGAUUUAUCAGACGAUUGUGGUGACGCUUCCGAUGAAUUAGGUUGCCACCAUACAAGUUCCUGUUCAGAUCUAAACCGAGGUGGAUGCGAACACCAAUGUCAUAACUUAACUGACGGAGGAUACAUAUGUGUGUGUUAUCCUGGAUUUAUAAUAUCGCCUGAAAAUAAAAAACGUUGUAUAGAUAUUGAUGAAUGUAAAACUAGAACGCAUACAUGCAGUCAUCAAUGCAAUAACUUAAACGGAACAUAUUCCUGUUCCUGUAAACCAGGUUUUAGACCUGCUGAAGGUAUGUCUGGAGAAUGUAAAUCAGAAAAUGAGGAACCACUACUUAUAUUUGGAAAUGGUCCUGAAAUUCGAGGGUUAGAUUUGAAGAAACAAGAAGAAUUUGAUGUAAUUGCUGCAGAAAAAAGAAUAGAAGCUAUCGCUUACAAUCCAACUUUACAAAUAGUUUAUUGGGCUGACAGUUAUGAUAAAACAAUAAAACGAUCAUACAUGGUCAACGCUCAACAGGGACAAGCUAAAAUUGGUUUCGCUCAAGAUUUAAAUAUGAAAGGUGGUCUUAAGCCGACAGCUGUAGCAGUUGAUUGGAUUGCUGAUAAUUUAUAUUGGACAGAAAUGGAUAGAACGGGCUCAAAACCGAGAGGUAGAGUGAUGGUAGCUAAAACUGAUGGUCGUUAUCGAAGAGCUGUUGUCGGUGGUGGUCUUGAAUUUCCAACUUCUAUUGCUGUCGAUCCACAAUUAGGUAGAAUGUUUUGGGCGGAUGCUGGUUCCGCACCUAAAAUCGAAGUUUCUUGGAUGGAUGGAAGCAAACGAAGACCUGUAAUAACGGAAGCCAUUCGUCAUCCAGCUGGUUUAACUAUUGAUUAUUCUCAAGACCAUAUAAUUUACUGGGUAGAUACUAAAUUAAAUAUUAUAGAAUCAAUGCGACCGGAUGGGUCUUUACGUAAAGUAAUAGCAAAAGGUGAACAACUGCGACACCCAACUUCACUUGAUGUAUUUGAAUCAAAUAUGUACUGGAUAACCCGAGACACAGGAGAACUUAUUAGACAAGAUAAAUUUGGUCGUGGAGUACAAGUUGUAGUACAAAGAAAUUUAGCAAAUCCUUCAGAUAUAAAAAUUUAUCAUUCAGAUCGUUACAACACAUCUUUAAGAAAUCCAUGUUUGAAUAAUGCCUGUUCACAUUUAUGUCUAUUAGUUCCGGGUGGCAGACGAUGUGCUUGUCCAGAUAAUACUAAUCCACUACAGUCUCAUAGAUCUACUGCAGAAGUUAUUUGUGACGCCGCUGCAGAACCACCACGUCCAUCACCAAGAAUAUGUCCGUGUGAAAAUGGUGGUUUAUGUCGUGAAAGUGAUAGCGGAGAUUUGGAGUGUGAAUGUCUACCAGAAUUCGGGGGCUCUAACUGUGAUCGUUCUUUAAGAGGUGGAUUUGGUCCUGGUAGCGGUAAUGUAGCUGCUGUUGUAGUACCAAUUAUGGUUAUACUCCUAGUAACACUUGCUGCUGCUGGAGUAUGGUUUGUCAUUAGAAAAAAACCAUUUGGGAAAAUGGCGCGGUUGAGCUCAUUGACAUCAUCUCAAAGUGUUUCGUUCCGCCAAGGAUCAAAUGUUGAAUUUAAUAAUCCAGGUUUCCCUAAUGCUCCACCACCUCCAGAUGUAGCUCCAGUUGAAGGCUACAACUUGCAAACAGUAAAUGCUACUAAGCAACGUGAUUUUUCAAACCCAAUGUAUGAUGCAGUUCAAUCUGGAACAACAAUAGAUCCCAGUGUAGGAAAUGGUUCCGGGGUUUAUGAUACUGAUAAAAAACCAGUUGGUCCGUUUACAGAACCAGUUUCAGCAAUAUUAGCUCCAAGUAGUAUAACACAUAAAUCAUCACCCAAAUUACAAUUAAGGACAAGAGAAUUAGAUCCAUCAGCUGACACUGGUAAAGAUACCCAGUAUCUUGUCGAGGAAGAUAAGUCUGAAUGCUGAUAUUAGUUUCCGAUGAAAUUCUAUAUUAUAAUAAUUUCGAAAUUAUAUUUUGUUAAAUUUCUAUUAAAAAAAAAGGAAAACAAAAAAUGCAAAAAAAAACUGAAUUAAAAAAUAUAAAAUAUUUUUAUAAUUAAAUCUAGAAAUUUACUAUUAAAAAUAUAUAACUAAUUAAUUAUAUUAUAUAUUAAAUAGAAAUCUUAAUUUUAUAGAAAUUUAUAUAAAAAAUGGGUUAUGAAAGAUUUUUUUUUUUAAUUAUGUAUUAUUAAAAAUGUUGAUUUUGUUGAAAGUCUAAAAAAAAAUUUUAUAUAAAAGAGAAAAAUGAUUACAUUUUUAGAUAUUUUCCGUUAAUAUUAUAAUUAUUA